AUUUUGAAUUCCCAAAUAACGGAUACUGGCAGGUACGUCUGCGUUGUGGAAAACAUAGCUGGGAGCGCCAAAAAGUAUUUUAACCUAAACGUUCAUGUUCCUCCAAGUGUUGUUGGUACUAAUCCUGAGAAUUUGACUGUGGUGGUGAAUAAUUUCAUCUCUCUGACUUGUGAGGUCACUGGCUUUCCACCUCCUGAUCUCAGCUGGCUCAAGAACGGAAAACCUAUCAGUUCGAAUACCAACACUUUUAUUGUGCCUGGCGCUCGGACUCUGCAGAUUCCUCGAGCCAAGCUACCUGAUGAUGGUGAAUAUACUUGUAUUGCCAGAAACCAAGCUGGGGAGAGUCAGAAGAAGAGUUUCCUAACCGUCCUUGUGCCCCCAAGCAUCAAAGACCAUAGUGGGACCUCGCUGACAGUGCUGAACGUGAGAGCGGGCACGCCGGUGGUGUUAGAGUGUGAAUCCAACGCUAUUCCACCACCAGUCAUCACCUGGUACAAGAACAGGCGCCUGAUUUCAGAGUCUGCAAACGUGGAGAUCUUAGCGGACGGGCAAACGUUACAAAUCAAGGGUGCAGAGGUUUCUGACACGGGCCAAUACGUGUGCAAAGCCAUAAAUAUUGCAGGGCGAGAUGAUAAAAAUUUCCAUCUCAAUGUUUAUGUGCCACCAAAUAUAGAAGGCCCUGAACAAGAGUCGGUCAAUGAAACUAUCAGUAAUCCUGUUACCUUUGUGUGUGAUGCUACCGGAAUUCCUCCACCAACCUUGUUAUGGCUUAAGAACGGCAAACCAAUAGAAAACUCCGAUUCUCUUGAAGUUCAUAUUUUAUCUGGUGGAAGCAAACUUCAGAUUGCUCGCUCUCAGCUUUUAGACAGUGGGACCUACACGUGUAUUGCCUCAAAUAUAGAGGGAAAAGCUCAGAAAAGUUAUGUGCUUUCCAUUCAAGUUCCUCCUAAUAUCGUUGGCUCUGAGAUGCCUAGUGAGGUCAGCGUCCUCCUGGGAGAAAGCAUCCAGCUCGUCUGCAGCGCCAACGGAGUGCCCACGCCUGCUAUGCAAUGGCUUAAAGAUGGAAGAAGGAUUGCCAGUGACGAUGUACAAAGAAUAAGAGUGGCUCCGGAUGGCAGCACAUUAAACAUUUUCAGAGCUCUCAGUUCCGAUACAGGAAAAUACACGUGUGUGGCAACUAACCCUGCAGGAGAGGAAGACCGAAUUUUCAACUUGAAUGUAUAUGUUCCUCCAACAAUAGCCAAUAACAAAGAUGAACCAGAGGACCUCGCUGCCCUUUUGGACACCUCCCUAAAUAUUGAAUGUACUGCUACUGGAACCCCACCACCGCAGAUAAACUGGCUGAAGAAUGGCCUUCCUCUGUCUGUCUCCUCCCAGAUCAGGCUGCUGGCAGCUGGGCAAGUUCUCAGACUUGCCCGAGUGCAGGUAUCUGAUACUGGCGUGUACACUUGUGUAGCAUCUAACAGGGCUGGAGUGGACAACAAACACUACAACCUUCAAGUUUUUGUCCCGCCAAGCUUGGAUAACGCAGGAGGAACAGAGGAUGUGACUGUAGUAAGAGGCAGUGCAGCCUCGAUGAAGUGUCUUACCGAUGGCACUCCUGCCCCCACUAUGUCCUGGUUUAAAAACGGACAGCCGUUAAACCUUGGAGCUCACCUGACCUCAAGUAACCAAGGAAUGGUCCUUCAUUUUGUACGAGCGGAGAUCGGUGAUGCCGGCAAAUACACUUGUGUGGCGUCCAAUGAAGCUGGAGAUACCAGCAAGCACUUUUCCCUGAAAGUGCUGGAGCCGCCUCACAUCAAUGGUUCAGAUCAACCGGAAGAGCUCUCUGUCAUCGCUAACAACCCUCUCGAACUUCUCUGCAUCUCUUCUGGCAUUCCAGUCCCCAAAAUCUCAUGGAUGAAGGAUGGGCGCCCGCUUCUGCCGAAUGAUAAUGUUCACGUCCUGAGAGAAGUCCUUCGAAUAACCAGCGCUCAGGUGGAGGACACGGGAAGAUACACGUGUUUGGCAUCUAGCCCAGCAGGAGAUGAUGACAAGGAAUAUUUAGUAAGAGUGCACGUUCCUCCUAACAUUGCUGGUACUGGUGGUCCACAGGACCUCACCGUGUUGCAGAACAGACAAGUUAUACUGGAAUGCAAGUCAGAUGCUGUCCCACCUCCGACAAUCUCCUGGCUUAAAAACGGAGAACUUUUAGAGGGAACUCCUCGAGUUCGAAUCCUCUCCAGUGGGCGAUACCUGCAGAUCAAUAACGCUGACCUCAGCGAUACAGCAAGCUACAUGUGUGUGGCAAGUAAUGUCGCAGGAAAAACGACCAGGGAGUUCGUGCUGACAGUACAUGUGGUUCCUACGAUCCGAAGCGGUCCUCAGACUGCAGCUGUGCGGAUAAAUGCUUCUGCCGUUCUGGAGUGUGUUGCAGAAGGAGUACCAACCCCGAGAAUUACGUGGAGGAAGGAUGGGGCUAUUUUUACUGGAAACAACACAAGGUAUUCCAUGUUAGAGGACGGAUCUCUACACAUCCACGCAGCACAUGUUACGGACACAGGAAGAUACGUGUGUAUGGCAACCAAUACAGCUGGCACCGAACGCAAACGGAUUGAUCUGCAGGUUCUUGUUCCUCCAACUAUUGCUCCUGGACAUACGAACAUUACGGUUACUGUAAAUGUGCAGACCACUUUGCCCUGUGAAACCACUGGAAUUCCCAGACCAGCAAUUAGCUGGAAAAAGAAUGGGCAUCUGCUCAGUGUUGACCAGAACCAGAAUACCUACAGACUUCUGUCUUCAGGUUCCUUAGUAAUCAUUUCUCCCACUGUGGAUGACACUGCUGUCUACGAGUGCUCUGUGUCAAACGAUGCCGGAGAAGAUCAAAGAGCAGUUGAGCUCACUGUUCAAGUGCCCCCAUCCAUAGCAGAUGAAGCCACAGACCUUUUGGUAACAAAGCUGUCUCCAGUAGUAAUCUCCUGCGCCGCGGCAGGGGUUCCUGUCCCCUCGGUUCAUUGGACCAGAAAUGGCAUCAAGCUGCUUCCCAGAGGAGAUGGCUACAGAAUUCUCUCUUCAGGGGCUGUUGAAAUACCUGCCGCUCAGUUAGCCCACGCGGGACGCUACACCUGCGUGGCCCGGAACGCGGCCGGCUCGGCUCACAGACACGCCACUCUUCACGUUCAGGAACCACCAGCUAUCCAAACUCAGCCAGGGGCGCUGGACGUCAUUGUGAACAAUCCCAUCCUACUACCGUGUGAAGCGACGGGUACACCUCGACCCAUAAUAACGUGGCAAAAGGAGGGCAUCAAUAUAAUCACAACAGGCAACAGUUACAUGGUUCUUCCCAGUGGCAGUUUACAGAUUGCAAAAUCAACUCUUGAAGAUGCUGGCACCUACAUGUGUGUUGCUCAAAAUCCCGCUGGCACUGCUCUGGGGAAGAUCAAACUGAAAGUUCAAGUUCCUCCCGUUAUCAAGUCCCACCUGAAGGAAUACGUUGUUCCUGUUGAUCAGUCUGUCACGCUGCAGUGUGAGGCUGAAGGCUCCCCUGGGCCGGAGAUCAGCUGGCAUAAAGACGGACAGCAAAUAACGGAGUCCGUCAGAAGAAGAAUUCUUAGCAGCGGUGCGCUGCAGAUCGUGUUCGUGCAGCCUGGCGACACGGGCCGUUACACGUGCGUGGCGGCAAACCUGGCAGGGUCCAGCAGUUCUAGCAUGGAGCUCACUGUGCACGUUCCACCCAAGAUUCACAGUACGGAGACGCAGUACACAGUCACGGAGGACUCCCAGGCUGUUCUGUCCUGCGCUGCUGAGGGGAUUCCAACACCAACAAUAAACUGGAAGAAGGACGAUACGCUCUUAACAGAGAUAGUAGGAAAAUACCGGGCUGUGCCAGAUGGAGACCUCAUUUUGGACAAUGUUGUUCCUGAAGAUUCUGGCAGUUACACCUGCAUUGCUAACAACGCUGCUGGAGAAGACACCCACACCGUCACCCUGACAGUUCAUGUCCUGCCAGCUUUUACUGAACUGCCUGGAGAUAUAGCUUUGACUAAAGGAGAACAGCUCAGGUUAACGUGCAAAGCAUCUGGGAUACCUGUACCCAAAAUAACGUGGACCUUUAACAAUAACAUCAUUCCAGCACAAUACGAUGACGUCAAUGGACACAGUGAACUUGUUAUCGAAAGAGUAUCUAAAGAUGACUCUGGUACCUACGUAUGCACAGCAGAAAACACAGUUGGCUCAAUCAAAGCUAUAGGUUUUGUGUAUGUCAAAGAGCCUCCAGUCUUCAAAGGGGAUUACCACUCUAGCCGAAUUGAGCCCUUGGGUGGCAACGCUAUGUUGAAUUGUGAAGUCAGGGGAGAUCCACCUCCAACCAUCCAGUGGAGUAAAAAAGGAGUUGGCGUUCCGAUUAGCAACAGGAUCCGACAGCUUAACAAUGGUUCUCUUGCUAUCUACGGCACCGUAAAUGAAGAUGCUGGUGACUACAAGUGCGUGGCUACCAAUGAUGCUGGUGUGGUGGAACGCAGUCUGACGCUGACUCUUCAGAGUCCUCCGCUCAUCACCGUUGAACCUGUAGAGACGGUUAUUGAAGCUGGUGCCACAGCGAUGCUGAACUGCCAGGCAAAUGGAGAGCCUCCUCCCACCAUCAGAUGGUCCCGCCAAGGUCAUCCGGUCGUGAGCGACGAGAGGGUGACUGUGCUCUCUAAUGGCUCCCUGCGUAUCGUUGCAGCACAGAAGGAAGAUACGUCUGAAUAUGAGUGUGUAGCGAGGAAUCUAAUGGGAUCUGUUCUCGUUAGAGUACCGCUGACUGUCCAGGUGCAUGGUGGAUUUUCCCAUUGGCUCGAAUGGCGAGCUUGCAGCGUAACGUGCGGUCGAGGUGUUCAGGAGCGAGUCCGUCAGUGCAACAACCCUCUUCCAGCGAACGGCGGGCAGAGGUGCGAGGGGCCCAACAAGCCGUGUCCAGUGGAUGGCAACUGGUCAGAGUGGGGGCUAUGGGAAGAGUGUUCAAAGAGCUGCGGACGAGGUAACAGGACCAGAACGAGAACGUGCAGUAACCCGCCGACUCAGCACGGCGGGAAGCCCUGUGAUGGCAGCGCUGUGGAUUCAGUCAUGUGUAAUAUCAGGCCUUGCCCAGUUGAUGGUGAGUGGAGCUCUUGGCUGCCGUGGGGUCCCUGCAGCGAGACUUGCGGGAAAGGAACUCAGACGCGGCUGAGGCUCUGCAAUAACCCUCCUCCUUCCCACGACGGGUCUUCCUGCCAGGGGUCUGAUGCACAGAUGCAGGUUUGCAACAAGAGACGCUGCCCAGUGGACGGGAAGUGGGCCACGUGGAGCAGCUGGAGUGCCUGCACCGUGUCCUGCGGAGGAGGCAGCAGGCAGAGAACGCGGCACUGCUCAGACCCAGCCCCACAGUUUGGGGGUCACAAAUGUGAAGGAAACGACAUACAAAUUGAUUUUUGCAACAGCGAUCCUUGUCCGA